AUGUCUCAAACCCAAAGAGAAGUAAUCCUUAUCACAGGCGCUAAUACGGGCCUUGGAUUUGAAAUUGUGAAAUCCCUUUACGCUUCGGAGAAAGCAUAUGAUAUUAUCCUUGGCGGACGUUUCUCGGCUAAAAUUCAAGAUGCUAUCGACUGUGUUACGAGUGAGAUGAAAGAAUUGAAUAGCAAGUUAUAUCCGUUGGUUGUGGAUAUCGAACACGACGACGCAAUCGCCAGGGCAUUUGAGGAAGUGAAGGAAAAAUUUGGAAAGUUGGAUGUGCUCGUUAAUAACGCCGGUAUGAAAUUUACCCCAUGACUUCAUACUCUCCUGCCAUUCCUUGACUUAAGAUGCUAUGCAAGGAAAUUAGGAAUUUGUACAAACAUAUCUAACAAUUUACCAGGCGCACAACUCGACCAACGACUUACCGGUGGAGAAAUGUCCGAACGCGAAAUGUGGAAUAAAUCCUGGGAUAUAAACGUAUCAGGAUCGCAAGUCAUGACAUCCAUUUUCAUGCCCCUUCUUCUCUCGAACUCAGUGCCAAACCCACGUCUCCUCUUCAUCGCAUCCGGCACAGCCAGUCUCGGCAACACGACCAACAUGAAUUUGCCCCCAAACAAAUACUCGGCCAAAGGAUGGCCCAAGAAGAAUUUCGACGGCAAGAAUUUCAACGUGCCGGCGUACAGAAGUGUGAAGACGGGAUUGAAUAUGAUGAUGCGGGAAUGGUAUCGUGCGCUGCAUGAAGAUGGGGUUAAGGUGUGGGCGGUGAGUCCAGGGUGGUUGGCUACAGGACUGGGUGGGAUUGGGUCGGAUAGUAUGAAGGGGAUGGGUGCUCUGGAGCCGUGGAUUGGGGGUGCUUUUGUUAGGGGUGUGGUGGAGGGGGAAAGAGAUGCGGAUGUGGGGAUGGUGGUUGUGAGGGAGGGGGUCCAGGUAUGGUAAAAUGUCAAUGGGAGGAUAGAUUUGUAGGUGGGAUGCCUGUCGUGGAUAUUGAGGGCUGUGCUGGAGUGGAAGUGGUAUUCAAGGGGGGAAGUUGGUAACGCUAUUGGCAAACUACAUGUAAUAUUACUUUCAUUUUACCACGCCAAUAUAUUCCUUAUCCUAUUGCUU